AACGGUAGGUAUUAGGACUCAACCGGCAAAGCGAGAACUCUGCUUUCCACUUCCUGUAGAGUCCUUUCACGCGCAAUCGCCUCCCAAGUGGCAUCUGUUCAGAGACCGCCGUUGCUUAUCGGUACCUACCACGAUGUCGGGAGGCAGCAGCGUUUUGGCAUUGAAGGAGGAUGACGUCAGACGUAUGCUGACUGCAAAAACCCACCUGGGAACUAACAACUUGGACUUCCAGAUGAAGGAAUACUGCUUCAAGCGCCGGCCCGAUGGCAUCCACCUGAUCAACCUCAAGAAGACGUGGGAGAAGCUACUGCUGGCUGCCCGCGCCAUUGUGGCCAUCGAGAACCCAGCCGAGGUGUGCGCCAUCUCGUCGCGCCCGUACGGACAGCGGGCCGUGCUCAAGUUUGCCAGCUUCACCGGAGCAACUCCGAUUGCUGGCCGCUUCACACCCGGAACCUUCACUAACCAGAUCCAAGCUGCAUUCCGCGAGCCGCGGUUGCUCGUCGUGUGCGACCCGCGGGCGGACCACCAGCCCGUCACGGAGGCAUCGUACGUCAACCUGCCGGUAAUCGCCUUCUGCAACACGGAUGCCACCCUGCGCUACGUGGACAUUGCCAUCCCGUGCAACAACAAGAGCCAGCACUCCAUCGGACUGCUCUGGUGGAUGCUGACGCGCGAGGUGCUCCGCAUGCGCGGAUCCAUCCUGCGCGACAUCCCCUGGGAGAUCAUGGUUGACCUGUUCUUCUACCGUGAUCCUGAAGAGACCGAAAAGGAGGAGCAGGCCCAGCAGGUUGUACCCGAGCGGGCUGUCAAGGAGACCGCCGAGUACUCGACCGAGCAGUGGGGCGGUGGCGACGUGACUGCGGCCCCUGCCGAGGUCACCGACUGGUCCGCGGCUCCCGACGUGACUCCCUUCGCCGCUGCUGCGCCUGCACCCGCUGCCGUGGGUGUGCCAGCUCCGACGGAGGACUGGUCCGCUGCCCCAGCAGUUGAGGACUGGUCUGCGCCACCGGCUGCAGCAACACCGGCCACGACCACCACUACCGAAUGGGGUGCCGGGACUGACACCAACUGGACCUAAGUUGUUCCUCUGCUGUCAUCACGGGGGCAAUAAAGAUUCCCAUGUGGUUGUACA